GAGAGGGCAUAGCACCUCCCACGUCCUAUAUGCGAGAGAUCGAGAGAGAGGCAGAGAGAGAGAGAGAGUCUGCUGUGGUGGUGUUUGGAAAUCGGACGACAUGAGCUCUACAUGAACCGUGUAAAAUGCUUUAAGACGCUUUCGGCGUUUGUCUUACAUCCGUCUGAACCGAGGACGAGCCUGAAGCGGAGCUCUACUUCACGACCAGGUGUAACGCUGUCUUUAGCCUGAGGGGGGCAGAAUGCCGGAGCAGAGCAACGACUAUCGUGUGGUGGUGUUCGGGGCGGGGGGGGUGGGGAAGAGCUCCCUGGUCCUGCGCUUCGUGAAAGGCACCUUCAGGGACACCUACAUCCCCACGGUGGAGGACACCUACCGCCAGGUGAUCAGCUGCGAUAAGAGCGUGUGCACCCUCCAGAUCACGGACACCACGGGGAGCCACCAGUUCCCCGCCAUGCAGCGCCUUUCCAUCUCUAAAGGCCACGCCUUCAUCCUGGUGUACUCCGUCACCAGCAAGCAGUCCCUGGAGGAGCUCAAACCCAUUUACCAACAGGUGUUGGCCAUAAAGGGAAACGUGGAGGCCAUCCCCAUCAUGCUCGUGGGGAACAAGAGCGAUGAGACCCUUCGGGAGGUGGAGACCAAGGACGGAGAAGCCCAGGCCAACCAGUGGAAGUGCGCCUUCAUGGAGACGUCGGCCAAGACCAACCACAACGUCACGGAGCUCUUCCAGGAGCUCCUGAACCUGGACAAGAAGAGGAACAUGAGCCUCAACAUUGACGGGAAGCGCUCGGGGAAGCAGUCCCGCGCCGAGAGACUGAAGGGAAAAUGCAGCGUGAUGUAAAUGGAGGAGGUGGAGGUGGAGAGAGGUGGGGAAGAAAUACAGAGAAAAGGGAAGUAGAGAGAGAGAGGAAGGACUCACUAAACGUAUCCUCGGAGCAAAAUGUUACGAAGGUGUAACGGAAAUCUCAUCAUUCACCUCUGUUUGACCCAAUCACUACCACAGCUCUCAGUUUGGAGCUUUACUGUACAUCAAUGUGCAUUCUGUGGAACGGAGAAAUGAGCGCAGAAUAUCCAGAGGCACAUUUCAAACAAGAAGUACGUGUAGCAUCAUCCAAGCGGUCACAAAACCUGGCUGUGGAUCUCAGCAAGACCUUGGACUGCAAUGACUACAAGAGACUGCAGCAGCAACAACAAAAAUAAGUUAUUCAAAAAAAUAAAAUGUCCUCUCUCACUUCUUCAUCCGAGCCCGUCCUCCCUACUCAGCUCACACCGCUCGUCACCCCUCGCAUACUCCCCUACUAUAACAAAUAUAGAGAGACGUAACGUAAUUGUAACAGAGUCGAUAAACUUAGUUAAACUCACUCUUCUUGUGGAAACUCCAUAUGACGAGCUCAAGGUGUCUGUCGUGCUGGAAAAGUACAGGUGUGAUGAUACUGUUAGCAUGAAUGACAUUAGCGCACCCAGCUACAUCCCAGAGCAACUCCUGAGGACUCUGAUGUAUAUAAACACGGGAUAUUUCAAUAUAUUCCAUCUAAACACACGCCCUGCACAUGAGUAACAAGUCAAAGGGUGAGGUUUGAAGCAUUAACGCUUAAUCUCCUCGUCCUCAGCCUCUCUCCAGGAACAUUAAAAAAAGACCCUUAUUAUUUAUCAAGAAGUCAUUCUACUAAAAACUCAUCCACAAAAUGUCUUCAUCUGAAGUGGAGGAGCUUCCAGCGGACACGCUACUGAUACGACGCAACAAUCCUUUUAAGACUUUCAUUUAGUACAGAAAAGCUCUGGAGGAAAAGAAGCUGGACACUCGUCACACACAGGAAACAGAAAAUCAAGUCUGCCUUGUCUACGAGGAUGAUACACUCGGAUAAUCAUUGCCGAGACUAAGAGGAAGGUUUUUGGUCCUGAGGUCAAGAAUGUCAGUUUACUUUGGCACCUUCCACGUGAAGGUGUCUCUUCUUUUGCCUUUUUUAUUCUUGGUUGCUAUCUUUAUGAACCUUUAUAUAGUCAUGUCAAAGUCAGAAAAGCCCCCCUUAAACAAAAAAGCACACAGAUAAUUAAAUAACUAAAUAAGGGAUAAAUGUAAAAUGGUGGCAUACAGAUUAUUUAAUGUGACCUGAAUCGGUAAGGAAACAGAAUGAGUCACUCACACACACACACACACACACACACACACACACACACACACACACACACACACACACACACACACACACACACACACACACACACACACACGCGUCAAAAAAAGUCUGAGUAUCACUGUUGACUGACUACAUGAAGACAAGCGGCGCUCAGCCUCAAUGCCCUCACAUUGCACUUUCUAUCAUAAACACACACACACACACACACACACACACACACACACGACUGUAAUUGUUCAUGUUGUUGCCUCUGUUAUGUUUAAAUGAUCUCCGCUUAACUCAGAAUAUCCUCCUGGAGCUCUGCUGUAUGUCCAAAGUGCAUGUUUAAACCUUUUGUUCCUACGCAGGAGCUCUGAAUAUUGUACACAGUAUAUACACACGGGACAGCCAAAAGCACAAUACUUUUUUAACUGCAUAUCGUUUCUUUUUGUAUUUCCUUUUUGUACGUUUUUUUUUCCUUUUAUCCGUAUCCUCUGUGUGGAUUUUCAUCUUUCACAUGUAUCUGAACACGGAGGAAACAGUCAUGAUCACCGGUAUCUCCUUCGUCUGUAGAUGUAAGUGUUGUCAUGUGUCCGGUACAUGGCACAAUGAGGUUGUGGUUCUGCUGAACAACAGGGUUUCAUGAUGUGACCGUUAGCUGUGGUAAAGAUGUGACGUAACCACACAGUCGAAUGGGAACGCAGACAGAUUAUAUGCCUACUUUUCUCCGUCUCUCAGGCGGUUUUAACAACAAUCUGAGUGGAGGAUAAUCUGCUCUUGUUCUGUUAAACCCAAAGACGCAGAUUAUGCCUCAUUUGAACUGUGUGUCCGUCUCUUCUGGACAAAACAAAAGCACAGCAACUGUUUCCAUCCGUCCUCCUCCAGAAUCAAGAACUGGGCACUUUAGGGUGACAUUUGACUUGAAGACUUGCUUAUUAAUCAGCGAUGCCUCAUUUAUAAGCACCAUGUAAAAUGUCCCUCCUGCAUUGUUCACGCCCACAUCAAAUAACAACUUCCAACAGUGUUGUUAUUGUAAAUAAAGCAUACGGUAGUUGAAUGACAUGUUUAUAAGAGCUUCAAGUAAGAUGUUACCCAUGUAAAGAAAACCUGUCUUUCUGGGAAUAAGUCCUUGAGGUAGUUGUUACAGUACAUUUUCUCUUGUGAAAAACUAAGUCUUAGUUUGGCCAUAGUUAUUUAAUAUAUAAAGACUAUAUAUUAUUGAAUUACAAGAUUAGAUAUACUUCAUUUGAUCUAAAAUAUUGAUGUGUUCAAAUGCUCUUCUAAACAAAACUGAAAGUCCAUGAAAAGCUGUCUUCCUGUUUUUGUGAAUGAAGCGCCAUCUCCUGGUUAAAUCCUGAAAUUGAAAAUCUGGCAACGCCCUCUUGGAAAAUAGUGGGAGGGCUUAACAUUCCCAGAUACUGGUCUUUGGCAGGUCUUAGGCAGGUAGCUGGCAGGUAGCAGGCAGGAAGCAGUAAGCUGGAGUCUGAAAUAAGAUGCUCCAUCUGUAGAAGGUUUGAUGUUGCUAUUUACGGUAGUUUACAGCUUAAUAACGACGCUCAUGAUAUAUUUGACACAUCCACUCUUCAGCUAUACCAAUCAGAUAAUACUAGCGACGUGUGAAUAUGUAACUAAAGGUGCCACUCCAUGGCCGUUUCUGUUUUCUGAAUGAAUCAGUUAUCAAUGUGUUGUCCUUUGCACUAAUGUGAGGUCCUCCUAAACUCCUAAACGUUGCAUUGUAAAAACGUACCCUUUACAUGUUAGAUGCCAGGGAUGCUCACUCUUACCAUCAGUUUAUAGUUUAAACAACUUGUAAUUGACAUAGUUUGUCCUGGCUUGUUUUAGAUGCCAGAAGGAUGACGUGAUUUCUGUCUGAUGUGUCCUUCAAAAAGGUUAACAAGCUCGAAAUAAUAUCUGUUUAUCUAUCAGACAGUUGGCCUGAUCUGAUGUGUUGCUACCGGCAGUAAUGGUGCACACGCUGCAUAAAUAUGAGCUUGACGCAUCUGGUAGGUUAAUGCAAAACGCCAGCUUGCGAGCGCAUGUUUGUGCAAUCUGUUGUUCUGCUGACGUCUACAGGAGGCUGUCCAUGUCCCUGCGUGGAAUACGAUACAGCAGGCAGAGAAAAACAAUGAGACAGCGCGUGAUAGCGGUAUGGACAACAAGCUGGAGUGAGAGGCUGUGCCAUUAAUAGGAAUAGUGUAGAAAUAUUGAGAGCGCUUACUAACUAGCCUGUGUAGGAUUCAAAUGUGCAUGUGAGGAGGCGUGCAUGGGAAGUGUGUGAGCGUGCGUUGUGUUUCUUGGGCUGUGUGAGUUAAAUGCUGGCAUGAAUCAGGACAGACACCUCUGCCCCCGUGCUCCCAUCGCUUGUCUCAUCUUAUUUAUCAAUGAAGCAUAUUCACUGCUGCCGUCUGUGUGGAAGCCCACGAGUGCAUCCAGGUAUCUGUCCAAUUAGCCACCUAUCUGCUUUCCUUCACUCUGGGGUGUGUGUGUGUGUGUGUGUGUGUGUGUGUGUGUGUGUGUGUGUGUGUGUG